AUGGACUCAGAAAGUAGUGGUGCGGGAAAUAGCUCGGGAUCGAUGACGGUUAAAGAAUUCCUCAUCUUUAUGCACGUGGGCAUUACUGGCCCGUUUAAAACAUAUUGUGCCAAAGCUCAAGAAAACUGGCAACAUAAUAAUCCAGGCAAGACAAUAUCAAUUUAUGAGAUACCUGAAAAUGAAAAACAUGCAUGGCCGCCUUUAGCAGCGACGCUUAAUAACUUUAUGAACGCUUUUAAAAAGGCAGGCAUAAAUAAGUCUUUCGUUACAGACCGACCUAUGCCUGAUACUAAUAUUUCAAAUAUGGAAUCACAACUUCAAGAAAUAGCUGGCCCUGAAGAGAUUCAGAAUCCAGCUACACCAGAAAAUGUGGUUCAGACUGAACAGACAGAAAAUGCAGUGCACAAUAAUUGUUCAGCACCUUCGACAUCCUCAUCAUUGUCAACAAUACCAUGA